UUUUAUCCCCAACACGGUAUCUUUUUUGGUAAGGGGACCCCCCCCCCCCCUUCCCUGGACAAGAGCAGCAAAAACCGUCAGUGCCGCGCUCAUCUGAUGUAACAACCCAUCAUCGCGUUUCAACGCUGCCGAUAGAUAGACGCUUCCCCAAUGGCCUAGACCGGUUCAACGGCCAAAAGAGAUGGUAGGAGAGUUCGCGAGGGUUUCCAACACCCGGCCGGAGCUGGAUCGGAGCGGCGCGGCAUCCACGGGGGCUCGACACCUGGCGUCUUCGACGUUGAGGGGUGUGUGUGUGUGUAUGUGUGUGUACGCGUAUGUCUGCGUGCCAUACCCAGCCAUCGCACACCAUGUACCCGGUUCUGCGAGACUUGAACAUCGCCAUGUCGUCAUUUCAACUGUGGGUUUUCUCUACUUUUUUUUCUUUUUCUUUUCUUAUCUCCCGCUGAGAUUACAGGUGGGUGCAUCAUAGUGUUUGACGUUGAAACUUUCCAGGACCCAAGGCAAGGGGACAAACUCAAGGGGUUCGACCAAGGAAGCGGGACGGGGCCCCGGGACGAA